AUGAGAUAUAUAAUUUCCUCUUUAUUAAUAUCCUUUGUUAUAAGCAUCAAUUAUUUUUAUGGAGCAUAAAUUAAAUCAUCUGAUUUUGAGAAUUGGUAAAAGAAAUAUGGAUACUUUAAAACAGAUUAUGAGAGACAAUAUAGAUAAAUGAUAUACAAUAAAAAUAAAGAACGAAUAUUAGAACAUAAUAGCAAAUAGGACGAAACAUAUAGAAUGGAGGAGAAUUAAUUUAUGACAUUAACUCAUGAGGAGUUUGUUGGAAUAUACUUAAAUGAAAUUGAGACAUCUCUACCAUAAAUAUCAAUUCUUAAUAAAGAUUUAUAAUCCCCUUUAAAAGCAGUUGAUUGGAGAAAUUACACAACAGUUUAUAAUUAAGGCUCUUGUGUAGCUGGAUGGGCAUUUUCAGUAAGUAGUUCUAUAGAAGCUUGGCAUUAUAUAAGAGAUAGUGGAAAGAAUAUUUCUGUAGCAGUCUAACAAUUAAUUGAUUGCGAUAAAAAUUCAUUUGGAUGUAAGGGCGGUUAAAAUACAAAUGCUAUGCUAUAUGUUUUAUAAGAGGGACUCUAUCAUUCUUAAAAUUAUCCUUAUAUAGGUUUUGAUUAAGCUUGCAAAGCAACUAAAAGUGGUAAUUAUUCUAUCAAUAAUUACACAUUUGUGGGAGGUUCUUCAUAAUAAUUGUAAAGUUCAUUAUAAUAUUAUCCUGUAUCUGUUGGUUUAGAUGCAACAAAUUGGUAAUUCUAUAGUUCAGGUUUAUUUUCUAAUUGUUCUGAUAAUCAAACUAAUCAUUAUGCUCUUGCUGUAGGUUUUGACUCUAAUUACAAUUGGGUUGUUUAGAAUUCUUUUGGUACAGGUUGGGGAGAAAAUGGAAUUAUCAAACUAUUACCAAAUAAUACCUGUGGAAUAUUAAAUCAAGCCUAUCAAAUAUAUUGAAAAAUAUUCAUCUAAACAAAUAAGCCAUUAUUUAAAAAUAUUUUUAAGAUUUGAG